AACACUGCAAGAGAAGCUCUGUGUAAGUUAAACCACAAGCCUGGCAAUCCAUUGGCCCAACACUCUAAUUAUUGCCCAAUUACGGCCCAUUCGUUGCUCGCAUUUGUCUGUAGCGUCUCUCUCCUCUUCUUUCUCCCUGUCCCCGAUUCGCUAAACAUAUCUCUAAUCUCCAUAAAACGAAACGCAAAAUCUUUCAAUCAUUCGACUCAUCUCUUUUCGUCAAUACAGUGUUGAAUCAAAACGUUUCGGGGUUAUCGUUUUUUGCUUCUGGAUCUAACAUUUGACGGUUUUGACUUGAUCACGAUAGGAGGGGGAAAGAGGGGGCAAUGUCUCAUUCAACCGUUUAAGAAGUCGGUAUCAUAAAGCUGUUGCUUUUUCUUGAGGUCCAGAUUGAAAUUUGGCAUAGGGAAAGCUCCAGCUGUAGUGGUGGUUCAAGUAAAUGAAGUUUAUGUUCAUGGUCGAGUAAGGAACAUGCAAUUCAAAGUGGUAUAGGGGAAGUUACCAAUUUCUAGUAGAUCAAUCCAUCUUUGACUUUAAACAUCAGAUUCCUUUCUUGCUGCAUCCAACUAAUUGCUGGACUGCAGCUCCUUUCUAGUUUUCUUUUAGCACUGCCUUUGUUUUAACGUUCUCAAAGUUUGUUCCUUAUUAUUUGUCUGAAAUUCUCUUCGAAAUUGUGCUUUAACAAAGGACCCAAGUUUAUCUCUACAAUAUGUUAGUGAGUAUGGUUUUAUAGCGUGUGGCAUUGUACAAAGGUUGAAGAUGGCAUUUUACUCUGCGGAGGAACAAACUGGGGAUUACCUUUUCAAGAUUGUUUUGAUUGGUGAUUCAGCUGUUGGGAAAUCAAAUUUGCUUGCUAGAUUUGCCAGAGACGAGUUUUACCCUAAUUCGAAAUCCACGAUAGGAGUAGAGUUCCAGACCCAGAAGAUUGGAAUUAAUGGGAAGGAAAUUAAGGCACAGAUCUGGGAUACAGCUGGUCAGGAGCGAUUCAGGGCUGUUACAUCUGCAUAUUACAGAGGUGCAGUUGGAGCUCUUCUAGUCUACGACAUCAGUAGACGCCAGACUUUUGACAGCGUUGGCCGAUGGCUCAAUGAACUUCACAGUAUCAUAAAGCUGUUGCUUUUUCUUGAGGUCCAGAUUGAAAUUUGGCAUAGGGAAAGCUCCAGCUGUAGUGGUGGUUCAAGUAAAUGA